AUGGAAAGGGAGGAAACUAUGGAAGGGUGUGUUUGGGCAAGGGGAGCCAACCAGCCUAAAAUCACAGGGAGUGGCUUGGAGAGGGACUUUAUAACGGGCAGGCUGAGAUGGUUCAUUCUCAGCCUGGACACAGUGCUGCAAAACUUAGACCAGUUGCACCUCAGCACCAACUGCACAUCUACCAGUACAGAUGGCUCCACAGACUGGCUCCACCAGAAAGGAGACAAGACCUGCUUCAGCCUUUCUGCAGCUUCUCACUUGGGAAGAGAUCAAGAUGCACAAUGGCCAUGGGCAAGGACAGGAGCAAUGGCUGGUGAUUGACAGGAAAGUGUAUGAUGUCAGCAAGUUUUCCAAACGACAUCCUGGAGGCAGCCGAGUUUUAAGCCACUAUGCUGGGCAAGAUGCUACGGAUGCCUUUACAGCAUUCCAUAACGACAAGUCCCUGGUGAAAAGAUACUUGAGAUCACUGCUGAUUGGGGAGCUGGCACCAGAUCAACCCAGCUUUGAGUCUAAUAAAAAAAAAGCACUUUUAGAGGAUUUUCGUGAGCUGCGCUGCUCUGUUGAGAAGAUGGGACUUCUGAGGCCAAAUUACACCUUUUUCUUCCUGAUUUUCCUUCACUUCCUGGUACUGGAUGUUGCAUCCUGGCUCGUGGUCUGGCACUUUGGAAUAUCCUUUGUGCCUUUCGUGGUUGGCAUGGCGUUCUUCACCACUGCUCAGAUCCAGAUGGGCUGGUUCCAACAUGAUCUGGGGCACUGCUCUGUCUUCAGGAAGCCUAAAUGGAAUCGACUUCUGCAGAUUGUGGUGAUAAAUGUUCUGAAGGGGUUACCAGCCAGCUGGUGGAAUCACCUACACAACCAGCACCAUGCCAAACCCAACUGCUUCCGCAAAGACCCUGACCUCAACAUGCACCCACUCCUCUUCAGCUUGGGAAAGACCCUCUCUGUGGAGCUUGGAAAAAAGAAGAAGAAGUUCAUGCCUUACAAUUAUCAGCAUAAGUAUUUCAUCUUAUUGGCCCCACUUGCACUUGUACCCUUCUUCCAGCUGUCUAUAUUCUACUUUGCAAUCAAGAGGAAAAAGUGGUUGGACCUCUUACUGAUUGUGGCUUUCAACAUUCGACUCUGUCUCAUGUAUAUUCCUUUAAUGGGAUUUAACAACUUCAUGAUCUACUACUGGGUGUCCAGGUACCUGGAGAGUACCUGGUUUGUUUGGGUGACACAGAUGAAUCACAUUCCAAUGCACAUUGAUUAUGAUACGAAUAAAGACUGGGUAUCUACUCAGCUCCAUGCAACGUGCAAUGUGAAACAAUCUGGGUUCAAUGACUGGUUCACUGGGCACCUCAACUUCCAAAUUGAGCACCACCUUUUCCCCACAAUGCCUCGACACAACUACUGCAAAGUAGCUCCUCUGGUGAAAGCCCUUUGUGAGAAGCAUGGCAUUGAGUAUAAAAGCAAGACUUUACUGACAGCAUUUUCGGAUAUUUUGCAUUCACUGAAGGAUUCUGGGGAGCACUGGCUUGAAGCUUAUCUGCAUGGAUAGAAACUGGCAACUCUCAAAGAGAACGUCUUCACCAGGAAACUGCUGCAGAGUCAGCACAGACCAGCAGCGUGUGUGUGUCUUCUGGCAUAGAAACUUUGGAGCUGGGCAAAGCUAACUGCAGUAAGAAUGAGUGGUAAAGUGGUUUCAAGAGACAUUUUUUCUUGUUCUCAACCAUGGACCUCUGUUUUUCCUGUUCUCAAAAUCAGAACAUAGAGCCAUGAUGAACUGGGCCUUUAAACUGGGGAGAAGUGGCUCUUGAAUCAGCUCGCUCAGUUGACUUCAUUGAGGUGUCAGCUCAUUGCUUAUGGAAAAGUUGAGGAACACAAAAGAGUUUGAAAAGUGAACAACAAGACCCACCUGCAACCUGUUGAGCAACUUAAAUGUAUUAUGGACUACAGACAACAGCAGCCUUCUUUUAUCAAGCCCAGCGCACAAAGCAGGAGGAAUUUGGACUUUGCAUUUUUGCCUUUGGUUUUUAAGAACACCUCCAUUUAUUCUUUCUUUUUAUAUUGGUUUGUGUGUAGGUGCAGGUACUUAUAACACUGAUCAGGUUAUUUCCUAACAAUAGAUUUCCUUGAAAAGGAUCCUGUUUUAAAAAAGAGUUAUUAAAAACCUGCUUUGAAUGCAAUUUGGAAAUCCCUUCUAACCAGUACCUGGAACGAUUCUGUGUUCCCAAAUCCAAGGGUGGUUACAAUGGUGUCAUCCACAAUUAUGAGCAACAGCACUAACAUUUUAUGAGUGUUUGAGUGAUCAUACUAUCUUAAGUACUAAGGCAUGGAUUUCACUGCAUGCUGUGUUUGGGAAUAACUGAAGGCAUUUCUAAAUAGAAGUCUUGGUGAAGAUUAAGGAUUAAGGAUUCCUACUUUUUUUACUGGUGAGACUUGAAAGCUGUGCUAUUAGAUCCUGAGUCCCACUGAAAUCCUCUAAAUACAAUACUGGCACAAAAUGGUUCUUUCUGCUGUCAGUCUCACAAACCGAUUAUUUGUUACAUUUACUUGUCAUUCGACUCAUGUGAAUGUAGUAAUUGAAACCUGAUUUGAAUGAAA